CCGUCGCUCGGUUCGGGUCCCGCUUCUUCCCGGCUGGGCUGCGCCUCCGCCCUCCGCCGCCUCAGAAGGAGAAGGAGCAGCCCGAGGACGAGGCCGCCGAGGACCAGCGACAGCCCCACAAGCCCCGCCGAGGCCGGCGCGGCCGCCUCCAUCUUCCCGCCGCCGCCGCCUUCAGCCACCUCAGCGCUCGGGGCCGAGCCCGGCAGCGCGCGAGGCGACUUCUGGAGGACGCCAGCCAAUGAGACGGCGACGCCUGUAGCGUGCGCGCUCUCGCGUAAGCCAUUCUGAGGAGGUGGCGCGCCAGGGGCGCAUGCGCCCCCAGCCGCCACACGAUUGGCCAAAGCGCUGUUGAAUGUCCUUUGUAUCCUUUUAAAAAAAUCCUAAUCCAUGUCGCCUCGACCAGUGCUGUGUCGCACGAGUGUGACGUAGUAGAGCAGGCAGCAUGGCGACCAGCAGGAAGAGGCCUGAGCACCGCGGGCCCGCUGAAUUGUUCUACAACAAGGCUGAAGCUCAGAAGUAUACACACAACUCUCGAAUGAUUGAGAUCCAGUCGCAGAUGUCUGAACGGGCGGUGGAACUCUUGGGUCUCCCAGAGGGUCGGCCAUGUUUCUUGUUGGACGUUGGCUGUGGCUCUGGCCUGAGUGGCGAUUACAUCUCUGAGGAGGGGCACUGCUGGGUCGGCAUGGACAUCAGCCCUGCGAUGCUGGAUGUGGCCAUGGAGAGAGAAGUGGAGGGAGACGUGAUGCUUGCAGAUAUGGGCCAGGGGAUCCCUUUUCGGCCAGGGACGUUUGAUGGCUGCAUCAGUAUUUCUGCAGUGCAGUGGCUCUGUAACGCAGAUAAGAAGACCCACAACCCCCCAAAGCGGUUGUACCGGUUUUUCUCAACGCUCUAUACUGCUUUGGCCCGGGGAGCCCGUGCCAUCCUACAGCUGUACCCAGAAAACUCUCAGCAGCUGGAACUCAUCACCACCCAAGCUAUGAAGGCCGGCUUCACGGGCGGCAUGGUGGUCGACUACCCCAACAGCGCCAAAGCCAAGAAAUUCUUUCUCUGCCUUUUCGUUGGCACAACUGAUGUGUUACCAAAGGGUCUCGGUGCAGAGUGCAGCAGUGAGGAGGCGGCACGGGUGACUUUCACCAAGGAAAGGAUGCGGUUCAAGAACGCCAGGGGGCAGUCUGUGAAAAAGAGCCGGGACUGGGUGCUGGAGAAGAAGGAACGGAGGCGGCGACAGGGCCGGGAUGUACGUGCAGACACGAGAUACACCGGCCGCAAGCGGAGGACUCACUUCUGACGGUUCUAAUUGCGGGGAGCAUUCUUACACCAGUCUGUGUCUUCUCCAAUAAAAUGAAGUGAAAGCAACCGAUGGAGUUGCAUGUGAGCACCCGGCUCCCUCCAGGCUGGGUCAGCAAGGACUGCUUUGAAGAGACAAAAAUGGUACCCACCCAAUUUUGAUGCAGGUGGUUUUCUGCCGGCUGCAAAGUGGCGCCUCCUCCCAAAAAGCCGCUUUCCAUCUCAGGAGGCCUCACCUGGAGCCUGCCUCAUUCGCUGCUCCAGUUUACUUGUCCCCCCUUUGCUAGAAAACAUCCGGUGAAAACAAGUAUGGGGUGGCAGCGAUGGGGACCUUUUUCCUUUUGGGAUGGUGCUGAACUGCAACUCCCAUCAUCCUCCCUGAUGGUUGGCCUUGCUAGCUGCUGGGAAUUGACAUCCGGCAACAUCUGGAGGGCCCACAGAUGUUCCCCCAUCCCUGGUAGAAAAGAAUUUGGAAACCCCGUCCUGUUGAAGUCAGAAUGCUUUGAGGCAGCGGCUGUUAAACGACAAAGACUUUGCUGAGAUGGUGGUGGUUUGCUGGAUGGUGUGGCUGGCUGAAUGUGCAUAGUUCCCCCUCCCUCCCUCCCUCUCAGUCUCUACCCACCCUUCCCCAAAAGUGACAGACUUAAGCUUUACCUUCUACCUUGGUGCAAUGCAAGGGUUAGGGCUGCUGUUGAACUCCCAUCAGCCCCAGCCAGCACGGCCAAUAAUGCACAGAGGGAAGCUGGGAGUGGUAGUCCAGCAGGACCUAGAGCCCUUAGAGGGCCCAAGCGUGCUCCUCAUAGGGACUCUGCAUGUUAGCCCAGGGCUGAAGGAGAGUACAUACUUCCACCUUGGGUUUAUGCUGCUAGCUGUCCUCGAGAGCUUGCCAUUGUCCAAACCUCUUCUGGAGCACCCACUGCAAAUGAUCACGCCUAGCGCGCUAACGUUCGCUGACUGUUCCCUUUCUAGAAGCAGCCAUGCUCCUUUGUUGAGGGUGAGGUGUGUAUAAAUCGUUAAAAUAAAUAUGGAGAAAACCCCA